AAAGGCUUUUGAAUUAACAAAACAUAAACUCCUCUUUAUUAGAAUUUUCAUAUUUAAGACUUGCAGGGAAAGAGAAGAAUGAGCCCCAAGGUUUUCAGUCGCUGAGCUCUUCCAGCUGCUCGGCACUCGGCAGAAUUCAGAUCAAACUAAUUUCAAGCACUUUCUCUGCUGUUUCCAAGGCUAUUGUGAGAUGACUCAAGAUGCGGAGAUGAAGGAGCUUCCAGCUCCAUCUAAUUCAGUUUCUUCAACCACUCCUUCGACCUUGCAGCAUUUGAAGGAGAUUGCUUCGCUGGUGGAGGCCGGCGCAUAUGCUCGGGAGGUUCGCCGAAUCGCGCGCGCCGCCCGGCUGACCGUAGCUUUGAGGCGGAAGCUGAAGGCGCACGUACUCUCGGCGUUCCUGAGUUUCACACUCGCACCGGGAUCCGAGGUGCAUACUCGCUUGUCCUCCUGUCUUCCCAAGGAAGAUGAGCAUGAUAUGGAAAUUGAUACCGCAACAUCAGCAGCUCAAGCUCCUCCAAAACACUCCUUGCCAGAGAUUGAAAUUUACUGUUAUUUGCUCAUGUUAAUCUUUCUGAUUGAUCAAAAGAGAUACAAUGAGGCCAAAUCAUGUUCCUCAACAUGCAUUGCUCGUUUGAAGAGCCUGAAUAGGCGAACUGUUGAUGUUCUAGCAUCAAAGAUCUAUUUCUAUUACUCUCUUAGCUAUGAACUCACAGGUGACCUUGCUGAAAUUCGUGGUAACCUUCUUUCUUUGCACCGAAUUGCAACUUUGCAUCAUGACGAGUUGGGUCAGGAAACGCUUCUCAAUCUGCUACUUCGCAAUUAUCUCCAUUACAAUUUAUAUGAUCAGGCAGAGAAGCUGAGGUCGAAGGCACCCCGUUUUGAAGCUCAUUCAAAUCAGCAGUUUUGCCGGUAUCUUUUUUAUCUUGGAAAGAUUAGGACAAUACAGCUGGAGUAUACAGAUGCAAAAGAGUCCCUCCUGCAAGCUGCUCGGAAGGCGCCUGCUGCAGCUCUUGGUUUUCAAGUUCAAUGCAACAAGUGGGCUGUGAUAGUCCGUCUACUGCUGGGAGAAAUCCCCGAGAGAACUGUUUUCGUGCAGAGAGGCAUGGAGAAGGCUUUGAGGCCAUACUUUGAGCUUACAAAUGCUGUUCGAAUUGGAGAUCUUGAGCUGUUCAAGACUGUUGCUGAAAAAUUCACAAGUACUUUCAGAUCAGAUGGAACCCACAAUUUGAUCGUCAGGUUACGUCACAACGUCAUUAGGACUGGGCUGCGCAACAUCAGCAUCUCUUAUUCCCGUAUCUCUUUAGCUGAUGUUGCCAAGAAGCUGAGACUGGACACUGCAAAUCCAGUUGCUGAUGCUGAAAGCAUCGUAGCCAAGGCGAUCCAGGAUGGGGCAAUUGAUGCCACAAUAGAUCAUGCAAAUGGUUGGAUGUUAUCCAAGGAGACUGGGGAUAUCUACUCUACGAAUGAGCCUCAAUCUGCAUUUAACUCUAGGAUUGCUUUUUGCCUUAAUAUGCAUAACGAGGCAGUCCGUGCGCUUCGGUUUCCAACAAACUCCCACAAGGAGAAGGAGAUCGCUGAAAAGAGGAGAGAGAGACUACAGCAGGAGCAAGAGCUUGCAAAACAUAUUGCCGAGGAUGAUGAUGAUGAGUUUUAAUAGUGGAGCAAGUAUCUCCUGGAGCAUCUGGUUUCACUAUGCAAUAAUACUGCUUCUUCCAAAAUUACCUAUUAAGGAUAUUCAUUUCCAUUGCCAUGGCUUUUGAUAUGCUUAUAUUUCACUUUGUCUUUUAUCUGGCUCUGUAUUCGCUCCCUGUUACUAAUUAUCCUGAGGCAGUCUCUGCACUAUGGUUCCACUGAACUUCCACGAGGAGAGUGCUGAAGAGGAGAGAGAACUGCUGGAGCAUGAGCUUGCGCAACUCGUUGUCAAGGAUGAUGAUGAUGAUGAUAAUGAGUCUUAAUAAAUUGAGCAAGUAUCUCUUGUAGCAUCUGGUAUCUCUGUACCAUUCUUGCUUCUAGUACUGCUUCUGUGGAAAUUACUUGCCAGGGAUAUUCAUUCCAUGGCAAUGGCUUUCGAGAUGCUUAUAUUUCAACUUUAAUUGUGAAAUUGAUGUGGUAUUGAAUUCA